CAGAAGCGCAGGACAGAAGGACGAUGAUGCGGGUCUCUAGCGCUGGGACCGGCUGAUCAGACUCAUCGAUAACAGUGAUCUACAACCGAUUUCACAUAUUGGAAGGAAGGCAUUUGAAAGCAAGCACCUUAAAUACUGGACAUCUGACUUCUCUGUGGUGUGCCAGCCCUCUGUGGUCUCCCCAUGCCUCCCUCUCCUCUUGACGACAGAAUUGUGGUGGCGCUGCCAAGGCCGAUACGACCUCAGGAACUCCGACUCUGCCUGGACACCAGCUACCUGGAAACCACCGUGGGCGCCGUCGGUAAGUCGACGGUAAUCAAAAGCACCACCGUGGUGAAGAUCCAGGCGACUAAGCUAUCGUAUAUGCCCUCGUCCAGCGGCUCCACGCGCUCGCUCACGUGUGGAUGCAGCAGUGCCAGCUGUUGCACGGUGACGACCUACGAGAAAGAUGGACAGACCCAGAAACUGAGCCAGGUCAGUGCAAGCAGCCCCAACUUGAACUCCGCAGUCAGUUAUGGCGUCCACGGAAGUUCUCAAACGGCGAUGGUGGGCCACAGCGAGGCCUACAGCGCGCCCAGUCUCACCUCCAGCCUGGGCAGGGGUGGUUUGCGGGUCAUCCACCCCAAUGAGCUGGCCAAGAAGCUGACGCAUUGCCCCAUGGGCCACCCCAUUGGCCCGGUGCCCGUCAUUAUUGACUGUCGGCCAUUUAUGGAGUUUAACAAGAGUCAUAUUAGGGGUGCGGUGCACAUCAACUGUUCAGACAAGAUCAGUCGCAGGCGACUCCAGCAAGGGAAGAUCACGGUGCUGGAUCUCAUUUCUUGCCGUCAGAGUAAAGACUCCUUCAAGGGGAUUUUUUCCAAAGACCUUGUGGUGUACGACGAAACCACGGUAGACCCAGGGCGGUUAACCCCCUCUCAGCCCCUUCAUGUGGUCCUGGAGUCUCUGCGAAGAGAAGGGAAGGACCCAAUCAUACUUAAAGGAGGUCUCGCUGGUUUCCGUCAGAAUCAUGAUGAUCUGUGUGAACACUCUCUCCACCUGGAGGAAGGGCAGGACGGCAGUACCACAGUGGGCCUGUCGGGGGCGCUACCUCACUCUCUGCCCUCCACACCUGAUAUAGAGAACGCCGAGCUGACGGCCAUCCUCCCCUUUCUGUUCCUCGGUAACGAGCGGGACGCUCAAGAUCUGGAGCAAAUGCAGCGGAUGAACAUCGGUUACAUCCUGAACGUCACCACACACCUGCCGCUGUUUCAUUAUGACCAAGGACACUUCAACUACAAGCGUUUGCCCGCCACCGACAGCAACAAACAGAACCUGCGGCAGUACUUCGAAGAGGCCUUCGAGUUUAUAGAAGAAGCCCAUCAGGCGGGACGGGGGCUCCUCAUCCACUGCCAGGCUGGCGUGUCGCGAUCGGCCACCAUAGUCAUCGCUUACCUGAUGAAACACACCUGGAUGACGAUGACGGACGCCUACAAGUUCGUCAAAUCCCGACGGCCGAUUAUCUCCCCCAACCUCAACUUCAUGGGUCAGCUUUUAGAGUUUGAAGAAGACCUUAACAACGGCGUCACUCCACGUAUACUCUCGCCCAAACUCAGCGGCGUUGAGACGGUUGUAUAGUUUGGUAAGAGAGGCCUACGGGAUGUUACAGUCAGUACAAGAGGACUUAUUUUGGGCUAAAGGAAGAUUUCCAAUCAGUAAAUCCUUUAACAUUGCCAUUUUAAGGCAAUUUAACAUCAUUGUCAACCCAUAGGAUGAGAUUGUUUGGACAAGGGUUGAACAGAGGAUGAGGAAAAUCCUCGCCGGUCCCGUCAGAGACAAACACUGUGAUACGGUCGUACGUUGGUAAUUCGGCCACUGGUGCUGCCUGAAGCCCCCAAAGGAGUCUGGCUUUUCGCCUGUCUGAAAAGAUGAAGGCUUGUUUGUUGUUCCAACGUUCUUAUUCUAUUUUUAUACCGGAGAGCGACCACUGGCAUGGCGAUGACCCGCUAACAGUGGCUUCACUGUGCAAUAAUUUCAGAGGGGAAUGCAACCAGAGGCGUGAUGUUUGUGUAUAUAAAGACUUACAGGCGUCCUAGUUUUAUACAUUAUUUUUGUGUUUUCUUAUCGCUCUUUUCAUUCGAGUUCAGUUUAACGGUGAUCAUCUGUUUGGCAGAUGACCUUUAUGACGUCAUCAAAGCAUUUAUCAUGCAUAAAAACACCCCAAGCCAGCUUUAUGUACGGUAUGUUUGUGGCUGUGUGUAUUUGUCUUUGUUUUUAUCAACUUGUUAUGCAAUUUAAUUUGAAAGUCCAUUAAAGGAAUAUUCCGGGUUGAAGUUGAGCUCAGUCGACAGCAUUUGGGGCAUAAUGUUGAUUACCACAAAUAACAAUUUCGACUUGUCCCUCCUUUUCUUUAAUAAAAGCACAAAUGUGUGUUAUAGUGACACACUUACAAUGGAAGUCAAUGUGUAAACAUUAAAAUACAGAAAUGAGAAUGAGGGGAAAAUAUGAAUUCCCUCUUUUGAUUUUGGGGGCGAAGUAUGAUCCUGACAUGCUGUCGGCAGGGGGCGGAUUACCAACCAGGCCAAUGGGGCCAGUGCCCAGGGACCCUUGGCCCUGGGGCUUUAAGUCUGCCCGAUCUAGUUUGGUGACC